CAUUCUUUGUGUACCUUUUCACAUAGCAAUAAAACAGAUUGUGGUUUUUAUGGAGUGAGUGGUGUUAUAUCUGUCAAUCUUAUGUGUUUAAAUACGUAAAUGUGUGAAAUUCAGGAUUUUGCUAUUGAGCAUAAGGAUAUUUAUAUAAAGAAAUAUUCGGGGUGCUCAGAAAUGGACUUAUACAUCACCGACUCACUCCAGGAUAUGCUGGACAUGGACAUCAAGAACGAGAUGGCUACAGAUUUAAGCAGUAUAACGGAUUUUCCGGAUUCCCUGGGAUUAAAUUUUUCCGAACUCCCUCCCCUAUUAGAUAUGGAUACAGACAAUUCUUCGAUAUGGCUCAACAACUCGUCUAAUAGUUUUGUUCACAAUUUAGACCUGUACGGUUCCGAAGCAAACGCCGUAAUGGUGAAUCCUAACUCUGUAAUGCCGUCCACAUUCGCUGAAACUCCGGUAAAGAGUAUUGUUAAGGAAGAGGCGUCAAAUUUAUUACUAACGUCAGCAGCCAGCGGUGAUUCAAAUAGCAACACGUCGGCACCCAGCCCUAAAGAGGAGAAGAGCCAUCUUACCUUCUCACCGAACACGAUCAAGGUACCUAAGGUGGAACCAGAGGAGCCCGUUGUCAAGAAACCCCUUGAAGAAGCCACACAAAUGGUCAUCUAUGUGCGGAAACAGGACAAGCAUGUAGUGAAGGAUUUAUUUAAGGACUUGGACACUAGCAAACUGAAGACCAACACCACGCCAACGCACACUCAAACCGUCAGGAUAAAGGCAGCUCAGGAACUAAUAAAAGUCAAUAAUAAAAACUGUUCAAUUCUGAACACGAGCCAAAAAGUAACGCAACAAUUAGGAACUAAAACCAUUAUCUCCGGCAAUAUUCAUAUAUUAGACGCACAGCAAUCUAGGACAAUUUUAGCAAAUAGUAACAAGAGUCAAGCGACAAUACUAAUUGACAACUCGUUGAACAAUAAUAGGCAAAUAAUUAAGACUUCGGUCAACGGAGCGUUUACAGUGGACGCGAGCCAAGCAAAGUUCGUAAACACGACAACCAAGCUCACUGCCGGGGCGGGAGAGUUCCCUAAGCCCGCGUAUUCUUACUCUUGUUUGAUCGCGAUGGCGCUCAAAAACUCGAGGACCGGUAGUUUACCCGUGUCAGAGAUUUACAACUUCAUGUGUCAACAUUUCCCUUAUUUCAAAACGGCUCCAAAUGGCUGGAAAAAUUCAGUACGUCACAAUCUUAGUUUAAAUAAAUGUUUUGAGAAAAUUGAAAAGCCGUCGACGAAUGGCAGUCAAAGAAAAGGUUGCUUAUGGGCGAUGAAUCCGUCGAAAGUGGGGAAAAUGGACGAGGAAGUUCAAAAGUGGUCGCGGAAAGAUCCUCAGGCUAUUAAAAAGGCGAUGGUUUAUCCAGAAAGCUUAGAAGCGCUAGAACGGGGCGAGAUGAAGUACAGCGGAGCGGCGGGAGACGCAGAAGACGACGACGCAGACGUAGACCCCGACGCCGAGCUCGACGCGGACGUCGAGAUCGACCCCGAGAUCAAGACUGAGGUCGACGAGGAGGAGAUCAUCGAGCAGGAGGUGUCGGACCAGGAGCUGGAGGUGGAGGAGGUGUCAGGCACGGGAAUGGUGGGAGGCACGUACCGCCUGCUGGCCGCGUCCGGCGCGCUGCACGAGUACCUCGAGCCCGACGACGACGAGAGCGACAUCGAAGUGUUAGAUCAAUCCUAUGAAGAAAUCGAUAUCGACGUAACAAAACCCAUGAAGUUUGACCUAUCAGUCACAGAAAAUUAUACAAUUCAUUCCGCGAAGAGGGCGAAGACGAGCUUCAUCUACCAGCCGGUGACGACGCAGGCGCACACGAGCCGACGGAAAACGCCGCUCGUCAACCGGGUCGCGCUCAUCUAGACCACCACACACACACACACACAUGUGAUCUACAGGGGUCGAGGCGGUAGGUAGUUUAGCGUAGGCGAACCAGUGAUCGUUCUGUUCCAUUAAAAAUUAAAUAAUGUCAAAUUCGAAUUGUAAUAAUUAAGUUGAGCGUAUGGUGCCCCUUUUUGGCACGUAAAAAGUAUGCCCGUAUUGUGAGGCCGUUUAGCGAGCGGACACUUGUUACAUAUCUUACACUGUAUAUUAGUUUAGUUUAAGGGGAAUUCGAAGCUCACGCGUGACCGCUUCUGCGUUAGAUAGUGAGGUCCGUGAAACUUUUAAUAAUGGUACUAUAAAAUAAAUAAUAGUGUUCAAACGUCGGCGAUAUACGAGUAUGAAAUGUUCCCAUAUUAGUUUGUAAGGGGCCGUGUUGCGGCCGCAUUGUGAGUACAAAAACGUUUCUGCUACUGUAUUGACACUUUUAUACGCUUACUGUAAUGUUGCGUUACGUAGCAUUUAUAACUAUAUUUUGCUAAAAUUGGUAGUUAUCCCGUAAACAGUAAAGCAUCAGAAUUUACUGAAUGAAAUAACACCAAAUAAUUAUAGUAAAUAAACAAAUUGAUAGUGUUAGUGAAUAAUUCAUUCCAUAGGCAACGGUUUUUAGUUCUUUACCAAUUUGCGCGUAAUCUAUUGAGCAUGGUUGACAGGAACUAUAGAAAUUAGUUGACUUAUCGACUAAAGUCUCGGUACAGUAGCGCGCGCGCGCCAUAGCGGGUAUUAAGUAAGUUCCCACCGCUAUUACAUAUUUAUGUUCUACUUUACAUAAGACAGUUGACACAGGCAGCUAGUCUGUUAUGCAAUAUAGUGCCAAAUACUGUUCCACGCGGUAACCAAUAACUAAGUUGUGUUAUGUCUAUCUGUAUACGAGUACUGGAACUAUAAUAUGGCACUAUACCGACUUGUAACCUCCCAUCACGCAACUCUAUGGUCUUGACAACAACAUGCUAUUAGAUUCUAAGGUCGUGUCACGGAAAAUGCAACGUGGUUCACUACGUCUUGUAUUCGUAUGAGUCAGUAUUUGUCUUGAGUCAGUACUCGGACAAUAAUAUAGAGCAAUGAACUUGUAUACCAGUUGGUAUUGGUACAUUGUAUAUGCAAACAGUCGAGACUAGUAAAAUAUUGACUUGACUCUUUUUAGGCACAUCAUUAUUGUUUUGUUGUAAAGGCAAAUAAAAGACGAGCGAUGAUGGAAGGUUUUUACCAAAACAAAUGACUCUUCUCUGAGCCUACAGCCCGGGAUCGUACCUGUCCCAACUCCUAACUUGGCCGGGAUCAGAAAAGACUCAUUUUUAUACAAUACCUCUCAUUGAUUAAUUAAGUCUAUUAAGUAUGUGACGUUAUUGUGUUUGUUGUUUGUUAAGUGUUUCUCGUACGAGCAAAACAAUAAGUUUGUCAAUAAAUACGCCGGCUAAUCAUGUCAAUAAGCUAUCUAUAGGUCAUUCCAGGCGGUAUCUUAUGAUAUAGGUAGGGUGUGCUCAGUUAAAUCUUCUAGUCGGCAGCAUACGUUCUAAAUAGACGGAUGCGCUUGUCGGCUAGCCCUGCUGUUGUGCCUAGAUUCUGUUAUUUAUGACGUAUUGAAUAAUAACCAUACAUUAUCCCCAACUCUAUUGUGUUGGUAUUUUCAUUCAGCUUUCAGGAUAUUCAUACAUCUAAUUACUGUAAUCGUAAUAAAUAACAGCGACUAGUUUCAACAUCAAGUCUUCCAGGCAAUAGACAAAUACUUUCAUGAAAGUGGCUUUUACAGAACUGAAUAAAGUUUGCUAUUAGACUUUUCCAGUAGUAUUUUAACUAUUUUAAGUGAUUGAAUUGAGGUGCAAAAUUAUAUUAAGGUUGUGUUGAUAACGGUAGAUCUCAUGUCUUCAAGAUCAUGGUUUGUUACGGAUAAGCACACCCCUAGUCCAAUGCAUUUAAACACGUUACGCGGUAGGGACGAGUGACCUGUCAUAUAAGUUCAAGACUUGUAAUACAAGUGUUUUACAAGCGCUGCUUGUACGGAAUACAAUCUUUAUAAUAUAUAUUUGGCCGGAAAACGUGAUUAGACACAUCUGAAUAAAUAAUCUAUUGUCAAGAAGUUAAAGAGUCAAAUCAUGUGUGCUUGUUAUGGCGACCGUAGGUAGGUACCGUGACGACACACUUGCAAUGCAAGAGUUUUAACUUUUAUGACACGGACACAUAGGAUUGAUGAAAUUUCAAGUGAUACGAUGUUAGGAAAAGUAACGUGCAAAUAGGACUUGUGAUUUAUUGGAUGUGAAUGUGUUAGUGAAAUUGUGUUAACAAAAAGAUUGUAUUAAAAAAGAGUAAUGGCGUAAUGGACUGACAACAAAGCCUAAAAUUUAUAAACAUGAUCGUUUAUAUCUGGCUAUACGUACAGUAUUGUAACGUCCACUAUUACCGUGAGGGGGACCUAAUAAAACACAAGAUUGUAUUUACGUUCACUAACGGUACGUCUGCUCCCGCCGCGGUCUGUCCUCCGAAUGCCGGGUCUGCCGCGAGCGGAGCGGACCGCAGUGCACAUGUAUUUAUGUAUACAUUACAAUUAUAACUUGCAAAUUAGGUUUAUUGAAGUUUUCUAUGUACCUAUAUCUUCAUUGGCAUGUUCAGUGGCAUUCUUCUCCGCAAACAUCGCUUCACGCGACUAAUGUCAGUUGCAUAGAACUGUAAUCAAUUUGUACAGUCGCCAUCAUAUCGGAGCGACCAAAGAGCUCACAAAUAUCUGAACACGCGUUUAUUGUCUGCGUAAAUUGUUAGUCCAAUCUGUUGACCAUCAGCUCGACAAUCGUUUAUAUUUUUGUCAUUGACGUAUAAUAUCUAAGGACGGGCCUGAUGGGCACUCAAAAUGGUACUAGUUCAGCUGACACCGCUGACGAAUGUCACUCACGAAUUCGAGCCAAUCGUGCAAUCUAAACCCAACUAGUUGCGUCCAAUCGCGCUCGUGAUGCGAACUCAUCAUCAUCAACCAAUCGGGUUUUAGCGGUGUCAUACCGCUUUACUGGCCCCACUCAUGCCCCAUUCAUAUUGCCCGUAAGGCCAGUCCUUAGAUAUUAUACGUCAAUGAUUUUUGUCGAUGUUUCUUGCUCAGAAGAAUCCACCUCAAUACACUGCUGUCAAGGAUGCGCUUUGCUGCAUUACAAUACGCAUCCCUCCAUAUGCCCAUUACUCUUUAACGGUAUAUGUAAGUAGCUAAUUAGAUCAUGGCCCAAGUAACAAAUCUGUCUUGAAGGGUAGCAGCGGUUGCGCACGUGGCGAUUCGUUUUUAGUACUUUUAACUAUUAUUAUGUUAUGUAGCAUCUAGGACCUAAAGUUCGUGUGUAAAAACGUUCGUCGUGCAGUGCACAGCCGCCCUAGUUUAUGGAUGUUGGUUAAUCUGAAAGAAAGGAAAAUGUAACUUGUACGACAAAAUGUGACGUCAUCAACCAAAAGGUACCACAUUGUCGGUUGUAAUAAGGCUGAUUUCAAAUUGAAGCUAUAUGGAAAUAGCGCCUUAUUGACAACCUACAGUACCCUUUUGGUUGAAAAUGGCACAAAUAUUGAAAUCACCAGCGUUCUAAAGUUGGAACGCAACAAAACUUUGUUAGGUGCAUACUGCUAUUAUUAUUGACAUAAUUAAUAAAAUUUCAAUAGCGUGCAAUGUGUAAAUAGAUUUAGCGGGAAAUAAUUUGCUUAUAAUAAUUAAUAACACUGCGUAUGUUUGUGAAUUUUUAUUGAUAAUAAAUUAAUACAUAAAUACUAUUUUAGCUACACUUACGUGUUUAUGAAUUAUGUGUAAGCAAAACAUUUGCUGAAAAAACGAUAAUUUUGUAUUGCUUGAAGGUAAACCCCACUAAACUUGUCGUAAUAUAUAGUAAUGAUGAUAUGGUUGCAAAUGGCGUAUUGGAUGUAUGUAUCUAGUAGAACUGCCGCAUAAAGCAAUGCCAAGAAUCUGAACUUUUAAUAUUGGACUUCCGUAAAGUAAUAAAUAAUGAAGCAUUGUAACGUAUCUCUAACCAAUUUUGUAACAUAAAAUAGAAUUUGUAUUUUUCCACUGCCAGUAUUUCAACAUCCAUGUAAAAUAUGAUUAAAUAAAAUAAAUAGUUUGUAAGACAGCAGUAGAAAUUUAAAUGUAGGUUUAUUACUAAAUAAUGUAAGGAUGCCGAGUCGAAUAUGAUUUUUUAAUAACAUUUUUGUAAUAAAAAUGAAAUUCAAUAA